UGUUUUGAAUGGUUGUCAACCGAAGAACUGUUUUAGCGCGUCUUCGUCAGAUGCGUGUGUGUUUUGCUUUGUUUGGAGGGAGGGCCAACAAAAACAUUUUUUUUCUUCCGCAUUUUCGGCAAAUUUUUUCGUAACUGAAAAUUAAAAUGGAUUCCGAAGAUACUGUGAUAACGUGUGCCGUGAGCUUGGAUUGGUUGAAUGCACAAGGGAUAAGUGUUCGGAAAAUUACCCACAAAUUGGCCACAUUGCGUCUCAUUCGAAGCGAUACACGUGAACUCUUUGUUGAAGUGAGCACCGAAAAGGGACCGACCACCGCACGUUUGCUGCUCAAAGACAUUCUGGUGCACAAAAAGUUCAUGAGCGAAGGUAAAGCGAGCAUCAAAUUCAAUCGGGACAAAUGUAUGCUGUACGCAUCCAAUGCACCACCGGGUUUGUUGAUGAAUUUUCUACGAACAUUGUUCAUUAAAAUGACUUCAGCAAAUGGAGCGAAUGGAAAUGGAACGGGCAAAGUGCAAGAUGUUCGAACUCGAAUGCUUAGUGAAAAUCCAUGCAAAUUCGAUGAUAUCAGCCCAGUGACGAAUUUGGAAUUGGCUAGAGCCAAAAAAUUUGCCGGUCUAUCGAGAGCAACACCAACCACACCAUCACCGCCAUCGAAGAAACGUAAAUUUGACCAAGUUGGAAGCGAUGCAAAAGGUGAAUCAAACGCGAAGGGAAAUUUGAUGAAAAAAGCCAAUGUUGAACAACCGAUUGAAGUUGAACCACAAAUUCGAUUGAAUGACGAACAAAAUGAGGUGCUCAGAGCCUGCAUUAAUGGGAAAAAUGUCUUCUUCACUGGAAGUGCCGGAACGGGCAAAAGUUUUCUUUUGAAGAAAAUUAUCUCGGUUUUGCCACCCGAUGGUACCGUUGCUACAGCAUCGACUGGUGUUGCUGCUUGCUUGAUUGGCGGUGUAACGUUACAUUCAUUCUGCGGAAUUGGAGCCGGUGACGCUGGUUUGCAACGGUGCAUCGACUUAGCCACUCGUCCGGCAUCAGCACAAGCAUGGCGCAAGUGCAAACGGCUUAUUAUUGACGAAAUAUCCAUGGUGGAUGGUGAAUAUUUUGAGAAAAUCGAGGCAGUUGCCCGAAACGUUCGACGAAAUGACAAGCCAUUUGGUGGUAUCCAAUUGAUUUUGUGUGGUGAUUUUCUGCAAUUGCCGCCGGUCAUCAAAACUGCGUAUGCAUCGCAACAAUCUCAGUCCAAGCGUUUCUGUUUCCAAACCGAAACUUGGCUCAAAGUGAUUUCGGUUUCCUACGAACUGAAACAAGUUCAUCGGCAAAAAGACAGCGAAUUUAUUCGAAUUUUGAAUUUCCUUCGUGUGGGUCACGUAAAUGACGAAAUAGCCAAGCGCUUGAUGGCCACCUCAAAGCAAAAGAUCGAAAGUAAUGGCGUUUUGGCAACUCAGUUGUGCUCGCACACAAAUGACUCGAAUUUGAUCAACGAAUCCAAAUUGUCCAAUCUCAAAACGGAGGAACGGGUCUUUGAAGCUCAAGACAGUGAUUCAUCGUAUACAAAGCAGCUAGAUAGUCAAGUGAUGGCACCGUCACGAUUGACGCUAAAAAUUGGUGCUCAAGUGAUGCUCUUGAAAAAUAUCAACGUCUCCGAAGGUUUGGUCAAUGGGGCUCGCGGUGUGGUCAGUGGAUUCACUACCAACGGUGGGCUGCCAAUUAUCAAAUUGAAGAAUAACAAGCAAUACACGGCAAAGCCGGAGAAAUGGAUCAUCAAAACACCAGCUGGAACAUUGAUAACACGAAAGCAAAUUCCGUUGAAGCUCGCUUGGGCGUUUUCAAUUCACAAAUCACAAGGACUGACACUAGAUUGUGUUGAGAUGUCUCUGUCAAAAGUAUUCGAAGCUGGUCAAGCGUACGUGGCACUGUCGCGAGCACAAAGUUUGGAUAGCAUUCGAAUUUUGGACUUCGACAUGAAGCAAGUAUGGGCUGACCCGGAUGUGUUGCGCUUCUACAAAAUGUUCCGUCGACAGCUACAUGAUCAAACAUUGAUUCCUCUCGGAGGGCGAUCAAGAAGCGCAAACGAUGUCAAGGCUAAAUCCACUUUAGCUAAGCUCAAGAAGAGUCUUAUGGAUCAACCUCUUGUAAAUAUUUGCUAAAAAGAGAGGCUCUCAUCAACAUAUUCUGUAUUACCAUUUCAUUCAUUAGAUAGAAUUUUUGAAUUUUCGCUCAGAUUUGUAUUUAUAGAAAAAAGUAGCCGAAUUUUAAUAGAAAAUAUUUAUAAAUAAUUUGUAGAAAAAUGCAAAGAAAAUCUUAAUUAUGAUUGACCUCAGAAACGACUGAAUAAAGAAUUCAUAUCUUUUCAAUAAGUGACUAAAAA